AUCAUACCGAACCGGAACCGGAUCUCAAACAAAAAACCGGAAAGAAAGGCGAGAGGCCUGAGCUCCUGCGCAGAAGCGGCAGCAGAUAGCAGCAAAUCAAUGGCGUCGUCGUCAGCUCUUCGAGAGCUUCAGCGCGAAUUGGAGGCCAAAGCUAACGAUCUCAGCAAAAUCCAAAAGGAUAUUUCAAAGAAUCACCAAGUGAGGAAGAAGUACACUAUCCAGCUCGGCGAGAACGAGCUCGUCCUCAAGGAAUUGGAUCUUCUUAGCGAAGACGCCAAUGUGUUCAAGUUGAUCGGUCCGGUUCUUGUGAAGCAGGAUUUGGCAGAGGCUAGGGCCAAUGUGCGAAAGAGAAUCGAAUACAUCUCCGCUGAAUUGAAACGGCUGGAUGCUACCCUUCAAGAUUUGGAAGAGAAGCAAAAUAGCAAGAAAGAGACGAUUUUAAAAUUACAACAGAGGGCUCAAGCACUCCAGGCCGGAAAAGCGAAGGCAUAAUCUGUUUCCGUGGUUGUGUUCUCUUGGUGAGAAGUAAUGUAUUGUACGAGUUUCUGUUGACGAUUGGAUGUAGUUUUUUUCCGUUCUUGUUUGCUCAACGGUACAGUGCCGAUUGGAAAUGGUUUUUGUCACUCUGGUUGUGGUACGAUGUUAGCGUAUUUUGUUCUCGUUUGGUUUAUCCGUAUCACAUGUACCUUUGGCAUUUAGUUUUCCCUUCGGUAUGAUUGUAAACCCUUGAAGAAUGAAAACACAAGAAUUUCUAAUGAAGAAGAUCAAUUCUGUGUGUGCA